GGGGAGGUAAUUCAUGGUAAAAUUCAAGAUGGCAGAUACCCGGCAAGCGAAAGAUUUCGAACUUUUGUUUUUUGAUACAUUUUCUCAUGAAAAUGCAGAGGAAUUGAAUCUUGACUUAGUUCAGUUUCCCCGCCCUGUUGUUAUUGGUGAGGUGAGGGUAAUCCCGCUCCAGACACGUGUCCAAGCUGAUGUUCCCGGUGGUGUCCGACUUGGAGCUACAAAUCCGUCAAAUUUCAAAUUAGAGUUAUUUGUGAACAACCUCAGCAAACCAAAUGCCUCCACAUUUGAAAAGUUGGGCCUCUUGGAUUACAAGGCUAAUGAUGAGAUACAGAUGAUGACUGAAGUACAGAUUCCCACUGAUGGAUUGAUCCUAAAGGGCUGGUACAAUACCCUUACCAUAGCUAUAUAUGGUGCACUUACUAAUGUCACAGUGGAACCAGAGGCACUGCCUCCACCUCCCCCACCCCAGCCGAGGAAACAAGCUUCAGCUACCCCAGCCCAGCCAGUACCUGUAUCAGUUUCAAUACCAGUGUCCAGAGAUGUUAAAACAGAGCCUAGAGACAUUAAGGCAGAGCCACGAGACUGGGAGUCUACACAACCUGUAGUACCUCCACCACAUACCACACAACAUCCACUCGACUACAUUCAGCAGCAGUUACAGCAGGCUAAUCUCCAACAGUCGGGUCCAUUAACUGUAGCAUCAGCCCAUCCUGGUCCUCACCCCAUGGCUAUGGUUCCACAGCCUGUCCCUGCACCAGGACAGAUGCCCCCAGUUCAGAUACCACCUGGACAGAUUCCAUUAGGAGUUCCGCCUCCAAUGCAGGACUAUCCAAGGCCAGAUGACUAUGGACGCCAUCCAGGGGACACAGACAGAUUCUCACCAGGAGCUCGCCCAGCAAGUCAUGACCGAGAUAUUGGAGAGCCUAAAGACCAUUAUGACAGGGAACCGUACGAAGAUUCAAGGUCAAGGGAUUCAUGGGGUUUUCAUGAUGGCAGGGAUAGAAGGGACAGGUUAGACAGGGAGUACCAAACGUCAAGGGAGGGAUCUAGAGACAGGGAAGGCAGAGAGUUCGGUAGAGACGGACGUGACUACAGAAAUAGGGAGGAUAGAGACUGGGAUAGGGAUAAACUGCGUGACAGAGACAGGGACCGUGAAGCCAGGGGAAGUCGAGAAAGACUGAAUGAAUAUGAGAGAGAUUCUAAAGAUAGAGUUUAUGAUGAUAGGGGCCGUGGUUAUGGUGACAGGAGAGAUAGGGACUUUGAUCAAGAGCAGGGAUACGAUAGAAAUAGAGACAUUGAAAUGGACAGGGACAGAGAAAGGGGCCGUGAUUAUGAAAGAAAUUAUGAAAGAGGGAGGGAAGGUUAUAGAGAACAGGACAGAGGUAGAGAUAGGGAUCUUGAUAGGGGCCCAGAGCAGGAGGUGGAUCAGACAAGAGACUGGGAUGGGGACAGAGCUAGGGACCUUGAUAGAGGUCAUGACCUUGAUAGAAUGCCAAGAGAUUUACGUGAUCGAGGUGGGUUCAGAGACAGAACAAGAGAAGACUAUCGUGAAAAAGAACGUUCAAGAGAAGUUUUCAUGGAAACAGAAGCACCUAGAAGUCCCUCAAGGUCGAGGUCAAGGUCAUUUAGUGGAGAUAGGUUCAGUUCAAGGUCAAGGUCACCUAGUCCAAAUAAGCCAGUAGUAGAGACACCGCAAGCAAUUUCACCAAUUGUCAGGCCAAGAAGACAGGAGUCACCAAGUCGUGAGAUGAAUAGAAUGAAAGAAGUAUUACCAGAGCAACCGUCCUCUCCUUCACCAGAGAUUGAGCCAGAAGAACAGGAAAUACCGCCAUUUGAGCCGAUGUCACCAGAUGUGGUGGGGAGUCCUAUGGAACAGGCUUACAUGUCUGAUGGCGACUAUGAGGCAAUCUCUUCUGAAGAUGAAUUCAUAGACAUUGAUACUGAUGUGAGGUUUGGUUUUAGAUUAACCCCACGGCGUAGACAUGGCUCUGGCAUUGACUACGAGAUGGAUGAGGAGGCAUACAGUUAUAUAACUGCACCAUUCAACCCGUAUCAGUUUGAAAUGUCCUCCCUAUCUACAUUCAGUGAUGUAUCAUUAACACAGUUUGAGCUGGAGAAAGAGAAGUUGUUGAGUCCAGAAUAUGUCAAGCCAGAAAAACGUCCAAAAGAUGCUCAACAGCUGUUUGAUAUAGUGGAGAAAUUUAAGGCAGAGGCACACCAUGACAGUUGGGUUGAGGCAAUGGAGAGUGUACCAGGAUUGUUACCAAAGGGUCUGUCAUACCUUCUUUACAAGGAGACCAAUACAGAGGUCCUGACCUGUUUGCUUGACUGGAUGCUGGAAGGUCUCGAUGAAUCUAAGGCCAUGGCGCAGCCAGAGUCGGCAUACAAGGUCCGUCAUCUCAAGAUGGGAUUCAAACUUGCUGGAGCCUUGUGUUCAUGUGAUUCUAAUGUUACCAUACAAUGUUUGAGUCGAAAUGUGCAAGAGAAGUUGCUGGACACAUUUCAGUCUCAGUAUAUGUCUUUCUCUUUGAAACUACAGAUCAUUUCAGCUUUAGAUCUAACCAUUAGGCUACAGGAUGGUGUCCAGUGGUAUCUUGGUGUUCAUAAGCUACAGGCAGUGAAACGGGAACCAGGGAGUGAGGCUGGAUUCAGUAGCUACCAGAGAACUGUGAAGUUUCUGCUACACAAACAGGUUGUCAGGGUGAUUGUUGCCUUGACAGCACUUAUCAAGAAAGUACAUCUGUUUGAAGUGAUGAGUAAACUUAAUUUUCAGCUGGAAAGAUUAGUGGAUUCAAUUCCAACAGCGGCAACAAAGUCAUCAACAGAGGACAGCCAGCUGGAGGUGGAGAUGGAGCAGAUACCGUCACAGCUGAGUGAAUCUGAUAUUGAAGCCAUUACAACAUGUGUCGAUGAAAUCACUAAAGUCUACACACUAGCUCCAACACUUAUAGCUCAGCCAGGUCGUACACUGCCUGGUAAGAAGAUGGUCGAGGUGAAGCCCUGCCCAGAUGAUCCUUAUCCUGUCUUCUAUCAUAUAGCAAAUGCAUGCCACCUGUUGGAAUCAUUGUUUGUGAUUGUAUCGUCUCCUGCCACAUCGUGUGUUCCGACAUUGUUUGGUUCUGUUAGAAACUUGCUGCAGAAACUGAUAGAGCACCAGCAUGGACUUCUCUAUCUGGGGAGCAAAGCUGAAGUGAUGAACAAAAUUAUACAGGCUCUUAUACAGAUUUCUGAUUUCAAUCGAGAUGAGGUAUCCGAGGAGAAUGUGGCCCAGCAGCUUGGAGUUGAGUUAAUCUACUACUUGCAGGCUAUUACCCUGGUUGACAAACUCUUAGAAUAUCAUAAAACAACAGAGAAGAGUAUGUCUGAAGAUCAGGAACCAAUCUCAAACCUACACAUGCUGUAUACAAUGACCCUUGCCCCGCUAGGUCAUACUGCCGUAGUACAAGUCCUGACCUACAGCAACAACAUCAAGGCAUUCAUACCUUUUGUUAAACUUACAGGUGAUGAUAGAGAUGAUGCCAGGCUGAGGAAGUCUGUGUGUGCCGGAUACACAGCAGAGUUACUAAACAUGGUCGUUCACCACUCUGAUAAUAUCGAAUUCCUGAAAAAACAUAGUGAAGAAUUGCUGGCUUUGGGAGAAUCAGAGUUCAGUAGUAAGCUGUCAAGGCUGAAGGAAUGGCUAAAUCCACUGAAAUCAUUCACGUCAUACAGUCACGAUAGUCUACCUGUGAUUAUAGAGCAGCUGAAGACUUACGUAGAUGAUGUAAUGAAGUUACCCAGGGGACUUAUCACAGUUCUCAGAGUCCUGAAACAUCUGUCAAUUGCACCUGUUAAUGAAUAUCCAGAAGAUAAGAAUGAGGAGAUGAAAUAUAAGUAUGUACUUGUGGAAUUGUUCAGUGCUGAUUGCUGUCCUAUGUUUGUUGCUUUCCUCCAGAAAUUAAGUGACCUGAUGUUACGACCGUGGCAGCAAGGUAUUCCGAGAAGCAGUGAAAUGUUGUCCUUGUACCUGUAUACCAUCAGACCAUGUCUGGAGAUGCUUAAAGCUAUUACACAGUAUCUAAUCAUGGCUAGGGGAACUGAGUUUCGGGAUCUGACAACACUGCCAGUUCUGUUUGAACUACACACAGUGCUGUGCUCUGUACCUACAUCAAGCAUGCUUGUUAUGGAAAUUACUGCUAUACAGAAAGAGAUAGUGGAUACUAUAGCAGCUUACACUCAGCCGUUGUCACAGCCUACAGAGGAAAAGGACAAGAUAAGUCAGAGCCUGUGGACACUGACUAUAAGAGAUCUGUUGAAGUAUACAAUGAAGGCUCCCUAUGCCUAUCUAAGUGGUUUACAGAUUCUCUCAGAGUUACUGCCCUUGCCUUUACCUCUUCAGACCAGAGAGCCAUUGUCUAAAGAAGAGGAAUCCCUUGCACUGAACACCCGUAAACUGUGGAGUGCCCACUUGCUGCCACUGCAUGGAGCAUUACACAACAUUAUUAGAACUCUGUCGGCCACAAGCUGUCAGCCGCUACAGCAAAUAUUGAGGAAGAUCUGCUGGCAAAUGUCUGACCUGGCUGCACCAACAGCAACUAUGAUUACACAAUGUAUUUUGGACAUUCUGUUGGAGCAUAUAGAGACCGUGAGUGAGCUAAGCAAGGUAAACCCGGAGUCUGAGGAGACAAAGGUGGCUCUUUCUACACGAGGACGGUUCCUGAACCUGCUGGCUUAUCUUCUCUCACAACCUGCAAUUAAAUGUACCAUGCUGAGGAUAAUGGGACCAAGUGGUGAAGAGAAGUAUCAGUUAGUUCUGGGGAAGAUGUUAGAUAUACUGAACCUGGUAUCAGAGAGACAGGACCAUAUACAAGACCAGGAAUGUAUCGUGUCUAUUCUGCAGAGUUUAUGUGACAUGGAGGUUACUCUGACAUCAGGGGAAACAACUCUUUCGAUCCAAGAACAGGUUGGCAAUGCUUUACCAUCAGAAGAUCAGCUGACGUUGAUCAUUGAGGCUAUCCUGGAACAUAUUGCCCAUCCGAAUCACAAGUAUGACACCGUGUUACCAUGUAUACGAGCUCUUGUCAUGCUUACAGAGCAUGAUUACAGUUUCUACCUUCUCAAAGAUACCUUUGAGAAGCACAAGUUGUGUCUGUAUAGACUGUUACAGAGGAUAAAGUUCAAGUUCAGUAAGGACAGCUCCGACUGUCUCUCAACUUUCUCCACCACCCUCGAGUUCCUGAGGCUCUUGGUCUCUACUGAGCCUCCGGAUGAAGACAUGCCUCUUACAAGAACUAUAACUCUGUCGAAUCAAGAGUUACGGGAAGUUGUGGCUUGGACACAAGAUAUGACCAAUCAUCCUCUAGUGGCCUUGCAGAAACUUCUUGAGGAUGGUAUGAAGGAAGAAGAAGCACUGGACAGUCUUGUUGAAAGUGUGAACAGUUUGAUAAAUGUUCUUCAUCGAGAUUCACCAGAGAAACCUAAAGCUGAAAUUACACAGCCCACGUUGCCUGAGCCUCAGUCACUACAGGCACUAUUCAACAUGAGGUCAGUGUGUACCAUGACUGACCCUGAUGACGAGAGACUCAGCUCUACAUUCUGGCAGACAACAUUUGAACCAGAUGAACCGGAUCUAGUGCCGUUUGACCUUGACAAUCUGUGCCAGAAAUACUGCAAAGAUUUCAGUCUAGAGGAAGAGCUGAAGAAAGAUAUUGGUCUAGUCUCUGAACAGGAACUCACAAAACCAAAGAAACUGAAGGACAGAAGAAAGUCUCAAGAGUUUGUUACCUGGCGAGGAAGGGGAGUGAGGAGACCUUUUGUUGCCCCAAUGCGAGGUAGGGGUAUAGCCAGAGGACUGGCAGCACAGGCAAACAGACACCAUGACAACUUCAGAUCCCGCCCACCCAACACCAGUCGUCCACCAUCAAUGCAUGUCGACGACUUUAUGAAACUUGAACAAAAAUCAGAUCAAAACAGAGAUGGUGGUGAUGGUGAUGGUGGUCAGUCAUUCCGAAGAGAAAAUGAUUUCAGUCGUGGUAGAGGUCGAGGGUUUGAUCGUGGACGUGGAUUUGACAGAGGACGUGGCAGAUUUCUUACGCCACCUGGUAGUUUCAGAAGGGAUGCAGGCUCAAGAGGGGGUAGGAGUGAUGGUGACAAUUCUGUUUAUAGAUCAAAGCCUCCAUUUGCCAGUCCAAGAUUUGGUGGAGGUCAUGAUAGACCUAUGUCAGGUGACAGGCGAGACAAUAGAGGUGGAAGGUUCGAGUCUCGAGGCCGAGGUUUCAGAGGAAAUUGGGCAGGUCCCAGAUUUAAAGAUGAUAGAUUUGGUGGUAACAGUAUGGGAUUUCGAGGCCGAUCUGAUCCUAACAGACAUCAUAGAUCCUUCACAAAAUAAUAACAACUAUGACAAUAUAAUUAUGUGUGAAACUUCACUGGAUAAUUGCAAUUAUGUGGCAGAAUAUGUCAGAGGUCCUUCACAGACUAGUUAAACAUUGUGACAUAAUAUAUCAGAAAUCCUUAAACAAAUAACUGAACAAUGCUGAUACAGAGUAUAUCAUGGAAGAGCAACAAUAGGAAUGUAGAUCAUCACUGAAUGAUAAAAAUGUUAUCACAGACCAUAUUCAGAGAUCUUUCAUUAAAUAAAGAUAAGAACUGUAUAUCAACACUAAUGUUUGAGUAAAUAAGACGCGGAUAAAACGCCAUAGAUUCUUAACAUCAAUAACUGUGAAAUGCUGCUAGAUAACUUACAUAAGAUAAUGAGAAUGACUAUUGAAAGUUAUCAGAGACCCUUUGUUACAUAUCAGUUACUGCCAAAUACAGCCAUAUAUUCUUCUUUGGAAAACAAGAACAUGUACUUCACUAAGUGAUGAACAACAGAACAUUGCACUUCCCUCAGUUGUAAAGAAGAAAACACGCCUGUUUCAAAGUUAUGGGAACAAGACAUGAAAAGUGUCUCUGUGCUCAAGGUCAAUUGAAACAAGUAAAUUAAAAUAUCACAAAUCAGUUAUUUGUUAAUAGAAAAAUAGCCUGCUGGUGGCAAAUGACCUUGCCUUUGUGACCAGUGCAGACCAAGAUCCUGCAUAGGCUGAUCAUGGUCUGCACUGUUCACUUUUCAGUCAGUAAAUUUUAUAACAUAUAAUGUAAAUGUACUUCAAUAGGUUGAACUAAUGGCUCACACUAGAAGACACAAGUCUGAUCAAUUUCAGACUCUCUCAGACAUUUUUGAUAAAUAGUUUGUAACAUUUUGUCAUCAGGUAACUUAACUAAGCCACUAAACUGGAUUUUGCUGGUCUACCGAAUUGAAAGUGAUUGUUAGAUUCUAACCUUUUGAUUACAAUAGAACCUACCAAACAUACUUUUAAAUAUAAAUCCCGUAAAAUAACUCAAACGAUAUCCUGAUUGAUAAUUAUGAUUUUUCGUCAUUAAAUCGUUUCAGCAGAGAAAAUAUUUUUGUAUAACAUUACAGUAUGCACAACUUCUACCACUGACAACAUUUCUGAGUUCAACGAUGCAUGAGAAUCAUAACAAUGAAACAAUAAUAUAAACAUGCUGUUGUUUAAAUUAUCUUGCGAGAGUAGUAUUAAUGUUCUUUUCUUCUAUGGUUUUGCUUUGCUUAACUGUGUUGUCAUUUCACAAUGAAAGCAAGUUAUUUAAUGAAAUAAAUGAGUACAAUGUAUACAAUUA